AUGCAGUGCACCUCGCUCUCGUCGGUCGACACCGACUACUCGGCCUGCGCCCUCGAGUUCUGCCCCGGCCGCCCGUCGUUGUUCGCCUGCGGGACCUAUCAGGAGGGCGGCGCAGCAGAGCCGGCGAGUGAGGCGCAGCUCGUCGAGGAGGAGGACGAGGCCGAGACGCAGCAGGGCAGCCCAGAGGUGACGAGGGUCGGCAGGUGUCUGCUCUACGAGGUGGACGGCGAGGGGCGAAACCUCGAGGAGAAGCAGCGCAUCGAGGGCCCGGCCAUCCUCGACCUCAAGUGGUCGCUUCAGCCGUUCCAGGGCAAGACGACGCUCGCCGUCGCCGACGCCAAGGGCCACGUUCAGCUACACGGCCUCGACGACGAGUCGGGCCUCCUCUCGCACGUCCAGACGGUCGACUGCGCCGACGACAAGACGCUCUGCCUCUCGCUCGACUGGUCGACCCGGCGACAAGCUUCGUCAGACUCGGCGUCCAUCGUCGUCUCGCUCUCGUCCGGCUCGAUCUGCACGCUCGGCGGCGAGUCGUCCCUGUCGGUCACGAACGAGUGGCACGCGCACGAUUUUGAGCCGUGGAUCGCCGCGUUCGACUGCUGGCAGCCGACGACCGUGUGGACAGGCGGCGACGACUUGAAGCUCAAGGGGUGGGACUUGCGGCAGGGGUGCGAUUCGCCGACGUUCGUCAACAAGCGCAGCUUCGAGGGCGGCGUCACGACGAUUCAGAGCCACCAGCACGUCGAGAACCUUUUCGCCGUCGGCAGCUACGACUCGCACGUCCGCCUGUUCGACCGCCGCAAGCCGCUCGUGCCCCUCACGACGUUCGACGCCGGCGGCGGCAUCUGGCGGCUCAAGUGGCACCCGACCGACCCGCAGCGGCUCCUCGUCGCCGCCAUGCACGGUGGCUUCAAGGUCGUCGACUUUGACGGGCUCGCGCUGCGCGAGGCGGGCUCGACGGCGGCGGCAGGAGAGGACGCGGGAGGGUGGGUCCGGCCGGGCGAGGGGGCGCUCAAGGCGCGGUUCGACGGGCACGAGAGCUUGGCGUACGGGGUGGACUGGAGCGAUGGCGGGAAGACGAGCGAGGGCAGGGACCUCGUCGCGAGCUGCUCGUUCUACGACCACUCGCUGCACGUCUGGGCGUGCUGAGCGGUAGACUCUCUCUGUCUGUGCAACCUAGACAACUCUCGACGCUCUC